UUUAAACCCCGGGGCUGGGGAGGGGUCGCCCGGUGUCGCCGUCGCUCGGCUGGGGGUCGCCGUGGCUCCCUGACAGCCCUCCCCGUGGAAGGAGGACACCUCGGAGGGGCCUUCCGGCAGCCAGGAGAAGCAGAGAUGGAUGUUCCCAAGGAGGACGACAUUCUUCUCUUGGCUGAUGAAAAAUUUGACUUCGAUCUUUCAUUGUCUUCUUCAAGUGCAAAUGAAGAUGAGGAAGUCUUCUUUGGACCCGUUGGGCAUAAAGAAAGAUGCGUUGCUGCCAGCUUGGAAUUAAAUCAUCAGAUUCCCAAAGAACCUCUUUUGCCAGCUUCGGAAAGUCACUUCACCUGGAGUCCUCUCACUGGGGAGAAAUUUGUGGAAGUGUAUAAAGAAGCUCAUUUAUUGGCCUUACAGAUAGAAAGCAAAAGCAAAAACAAAGCAGCCCAAGAGGUCACAGCUGAAGAUCUUUGGAGCCAGGGUGUGGAAAGAUUUAUACAGGAAUCAAAAUUAAAAAUAGACCUGUUUGAGAAAGAAAAUGAAAUGAAGAAAAGCCCCAAGUCGCUUAAGAGGGAGACAUAUUACCUGUCAGACAGCCCCUUGGGGGGACUGCCACUUUUGGGAAACCAGACCCCUUCAGGCAUGGCCCUGCCAAGCGCUCCCGUCCAGACUAGCCUCACCCGGACACAGGAACCCCCACGGUCACCCUGCCCUUCUCUGCCUGUGAAACCAAGAACUGCUCACCCUCCACACGAGGCGGGGACUCAGAAAAGGGUCAUCAGCAAAUUGGUGCCACCCCGAGCUUUGUCUUUUAGAGGGAAAAACAUUCAUGUGGCCCCAGAGCAGGCUAUGAAAAGGAUACCAGCUAGUCCUUCGGGUAUGAAAAUCCUAAAUGAAAAGGAAUCCCACAGGGACGUGCCCCCGGACAAAUCCAGUGCUGCCCAAGAGCUUGCCGGCAUGCCAGCUGGUGGAAGCCACUUGGUCCAAGGCAAGCGAUCGCUCCCUGUUCCAAACAAGAAAACCCUGUUGAAACGACCUGGUUGUGCUGGCGGUCUUUCGAGAAAGUCCUCUUCCUCAGGGUCCGUUUUGGCUGUGAUUUCCAAUGCGUGUGCUUCUCCGGCAGCCUGCAGAGCUAGGUCAAGUGAACCUGCAAGUGUCCCUGCGGGUAGUCCCGGGUUGCCAUCCAACCCCAGCCAGUCAGGCAGAGCGGGACUCGCCACGCCUCGGCAGCCUCUGCAGACAGGCCCUGCGGGUGCAUCCUGCAGGCCAAGCAAGUGGGCCAGGGCGGCUGGGGGAACGGCGGAGCCAGCCAAGGCACCCAGCCCAGCGGCUGUCAGCAGAGCUGGGACACCGGAACAGAGAGGCCCGGGGCCGAGCUCCUGCUCCAGCUCCAUCUGGUCUCAGCCUUCUCAGGGGAACACAGCCAGGAGUACGAGAAGGCGUGACUCCUACCUUCAGUGCAGGACGUGGGCCAUGCCCACGCCGACAAGUCAAUUUAAGAUACCAAGGUUUUCUACUGGUGAGCCCCCAGAUGGCACAACACCCAAGUCCCAUCAGGCACAGAGGCCGCAGUCCUGCACGUCGGCGGGAAGGGUAGUUGUGCAUAGCACUCCUGCUAGACGCUCAUCAAUGGUGGCCUCACAAAGCCUUGUAGGCGGUACAAGGACCCCCGUGAGUACGAAGUACGUGUCAGCCCUGCCCACACCUGCCAGCCGUCGGCUCUCUGGCCUUCCGCCGGUGACCCCCAAAACCAUGCCCAGAGCUCUGGCUUUGCCCCCGUGUAUGUCUGCUUGGCAGCUUUCUUCUGAGCCCCAGAAAAAAUCUUCCAUGAGAGCUGCACUAACGAGGGAGCGCCACGGUGAGGCUGCCUCUGAGCAUGAGGACUUAUCACCUGCCAAGCCUUCCUCCCCUCUGUUGGCUGUGCCACAGGCACUUAACUUUUCUCCAGAAAAGAGUGACUUUACUUUUUCAAAAAGUAUCAGCUCAGAAGUAGUGCUGGAUGCAGCCCCGCCACCUGGAGAUAGGCCUGCUAGUGAGACUCUUCUCGUGGACAUCAACCUGGAUCAACUUGCCAUCACUCCGAAAGCUGAAAGCACAGCUCUCGUUGACCACCCUCUCAUUGACUUUGGCAAUACUCCAGAAGCAAACGCAGCUCCAGGAUCUGAGAGUAGACCUCUGAUCGACCUGCUGAUAAACACUCCAGACAUGAACAAAAACACGGUGUCCAAGCCUCCCCAUGAGGUGGCACAGCUGAUAGACUUGGCUUCUCCUCUGAUCCAGCUGAGUCCCGAGGCUGACAAGGAAAACGUGGAUUCUCCACUUCUCAAGUUCUGAGUAGAGUAGUCCUUUACAUUUUACUCUGUUAAGAGAAUGGCCAGUCCUAAGGUGGUUUUCAACCCUUAGAAAUAAAUUUUAGGAGAAAUUGUACUAGGGGGAAAUAUCAGACCUCAGUAGUGGUACUGUGCCUGGAGAGGGUGCGGUGGGACUGGGAUUUUGGGCUCCUGAGACCACUGCUGCCUGGCAACUACCCCUCCUCUGCCCUGAGGACCCAGCAGGAGCGUGGAGUUGUAGUUGCUCCAGAUGAAGAAUUUUGUUUUGAAUCUUUUGUAUGUAAAAUAGCAAUUGACUAUUUUUAAAAUUAAGUUUGUAUGAAAAGUUAAAUAUUCUAGAUUUUAAAUUAAAUUGUAAAAUAAAUGAAAACGUAUUGAAGCACA